UCGCCCUUGUCGGCUGCGGCGUCAUCCAAUCCGUUCUGUCCAUUCUGCUACCUGAUCGACUUACCUAAAGCGUGAACCACUUUACCACUUACCACUUGCAUCAUAUCCAUCUACCUGCCUAGACCUCAACAAUCUCGUGACAGUUACAGCUUUCUUUCGCUUUCUGAUACCGCCUAAACUCCCGCUAUUCAGACAACAUAGUCGACGGAUCUGCCUUCUAAGGCAUAAUAGGAAAAAGCGACGUCAUCUCCUUAACUACGAUUCUACUGUGAUUCUACCCCGCGAUCGAUAUCUCACCGGCUAUCACAUCGAGACCCCUAUCUAAACCAUACCUGCCGAUUCCCAACGCUCAAUCAACCUCGGCUUCGAUAAGUACGCGUCGUUCACCAUGUCUGGCGUCUGGGCCUGGUUCGGUGGCAGCGCCGCUCAGAAGAAAAAGGACAGCCCGAAAAAUGCGAUUCUCGGCCUACGGUCGCAGCUCGAGAUGCUGCAGAAGCGCGAGAAACAUUUAAUGGCACAGAUGGAAGAGCAGGACGCCCUCGCCCGAAAGAAUGUCAACACGAAUAAGACCGCCGCGAAGGCCGCAUUGCGGAGGAAGAAGGGGCACGAGCACAGCCUUGAGCAGACAAUAUCGCAAAUUGGGACGUUGGAACAACAAAUCAACGCUAUCGAGUCGGCUAAUAUUAACCGCGAGACUCUUGCCGCAAUGCAGAGAGCAGGCGAAGCGAUGAGCGAUAUUCACGGGAAACUCACACCGGAAAAGGUCGACGAGACUAUGGACAAACUCCGAGAACAGAACGCGCUCAGCGAAGAAAUCGUCGCUGCUAUCACGAGUGCGCACAUCGGCGAGACGGUGGAUGAGGAAGACUUGAACGACGAGCUGGAGGCGAUGAUGCAAGAACAGCUCGACAAGAAGAUGCUCGAAUCAGGCACCGUACCAGUAUCCGAUGCUAUCCACAGGAUGCCAGCAGUCGGGAACCAAGAGAUCCAAACCAAACCACAAGCCAUUGCAGUGGACGACGACGAAGCGGAACUGCGGAAGUUACAAGCCGAAAUGGCCAUGUGAGCGAACUAACCAAGACGUCUGCUUACCUUCGUGUUAGCCACAACCGCAGCCUUGGGUCUUAGUAGGAGAAGUAGUAAUAGAGGAGUCUAGAAUGGAUGAAUUGUAGGAAGAGGGUGUGGUCUUGAUACAUCCGAGCUGAGCCGCAGCUAGAACUUGGAUCAGGCUAUACCGGUCUAAGUAAGUUGUUAGAUGCAUAGCAAUCUCUUUCGAGUCAUGUUUUCCCCCGUUCCUGAUUACGGCGUUGGCGUUGUGAGACUACGGUGCUUCAUUGGCAGUUACAUAUUUUCAGCACGUUCGGUUGGUGGAUAGGAGAUGUAGUCUAUCUACAUAAGCUUUGCUCGUAUCAAUAUUACCCGUGCGAGACUAUUUUUUCGAAGCCUCUAGA